CGAGGGCACACACUGCACGACGGGCGGUGGACCGGACGGAGAGGGAGAUGCUAGGGGGAGAGGAGGAGUUUUAGGGCCCAUUCGGGGAGGUCGCUUCCACGGGCGGCCCUGAGGCGCAGGCGACGACCCCCACUCUGACGAGGCGGGAGUCGUCCAUGCCGCCACCUCCUGCUUCGAGUCCUGCACCACCAUCGCCCGUCUCGCCACUUCAGCCGGCCACGGCAACGGCGGACAGGGAGGAGUUGGGGUCCUCUUUGCCUCGGCGCGGACUUCUCCACAGAGGCGGGGCAGUCCGCCAGCUGAGGUUACGAUCACCUUCCCCGGGGAUAUUGCAGGAGGAGGGGGCACCGUCGGCAGCAGCAGUGGAGAGUUCGGUGGCACCAGCGGCAAUGCCGGACGCGACGAUCGCAGCCGCGGUGGAGGAGAUAGCAGCAGCAGCAGCAACAUCAGUGCUGGAGGAGAUGGCAGCAUCAGUGCUGGAGGAGGAUCCACCAGCGGCAGGAGGAGGUGGAACAGUGGAGGGGCAGGUGGCGGCAGCAGGAGGAGCAGGUGGAGGAGCAGCAGUAGUGGAGGUUGAGGUGGCAGCAGCAGUGGAGGAGGAGGAGGCACCGUCGGCAACUGCAGUGGAGGGGGAGGUGCCAGGACCAGUGGAGGAGGAGAUAGCCGCACAGGCCGAGGUGCAGCGUGGGGGCGAUGACGAGCACCUCAAGCAACAGCUCCUCAUGGAGGAACUCGAUCCGAUCAUAGCGGGUAUGACCCCGGGUAUGGCGAGGGGGUUUGGGAUUUCGGAUUCGGAGAUGGGGACCCACUUAGACUUUGAUUUGUCGAUGGGCCUUCCACCUAGUUGCGGCGGGGCGACAUCGACGGACCGAGCUCCAUCGAGGGACGAGGCGCCAGGACAGACUUUGACGCAGACCGCGAGAGAGAGGACGACGACUGAGUCUCCAGAUGCAGCACACGACAUCAUGGAGCGAGAGAGGGCUCGACUUUUGGCAUCGAGUGACCCGCGCAGGACAGCGGCGAGUCGAGGGGGCUAUAGACGCAUGGCGCGUGGUCCAGGAGACAGCGACGGGUCCAAUCGUUCCGUUCUCGGGCCUGCACUUGGCUCAGGGCCGCAGUCGCAGACGGUUCAGAUGGCAGUGCAUGGUGUGCCACCGCCCGUUAUCACGGAUUUGGGGUCCGAGCCGGUGGUUGUGCCCCCACGUCUUCCUAGCCACUUUGCUCCGCUGGAGGUCCGUCGUCCUUUGGAUGCAGAGGAGUUGGCGAGAGAGGUUGUGCUCGAUGUUACUCGAUUGGACCGGCAGAUCUUCGACCGGAGGCUCGAGCAUCCAACCUGGCAGACGAUCCCUUCGGUUCCAUGGGGUCUUGAGUCGCCCGUGUGGUCUGGGUCUACCUCCACCGGAGGACAUACUGUGGGACAUGUUCCAGGGGUUUCGGGUGGCGUGACGGAGACAACGCCACGCACAGGAGACAUGCCACCCCCUCCUCCCAGAGCACCUGUAGGUGAUCCAUCAUCGUCGCCCACAGGCAGAGGCUCUCGAUCCCCACACACGCCUGGGAGAUGUAGGAUUCGUGACACGACAGCAGUUCAGCAGGACGUGUAUGACACGACGAUAUUCGAGAGGACAAACAUAGAUUUGGAUUCCACCCGCCGUAUCACGGAGCACACUGCACGCCUUCAGCCGGGCUUGGGACCCCGAGGCGCCAGAACGACCGCGGCGAGGGAGGUACCGACAUCAGGUUGUGAGCCUCAGCGAGGUCGCGGCAGAGGAGUGUCCACCGAGACCUUGGAGUACGCUUUCAGAGCAGCGACGCGUGCCGUGCAGGAGCAGACUCCACGCAAGCGUGGAGUGCCUCCUCGUCCAUGCCCCGUGCCUGCAGAGGGAGGCGCUGCACUUGGAGAGAGUUCGGGGGCGGAGGGGUUGGGGAUGCCUCGUGGAUCCCGCCCUGAGCAGACCGUUGCAGAGGCUAGUGCGAGGGUUGUUGUGUUGAGGAAGGGAGGUGGCCCAGUCACCAUCAAGGAGGAUGAUCCUGAUACGGAUGCGGUUGUGCGGGAGGCGGGCGAGGACUAUGAGGGCGAGGAGGGGGGAGAGAAGGAGAGCAGGAGCGGUUCCGAUGGUGACGACGACGACGACUACGAUGAGCCCCCACCUCCCCCAGGACCCCCACCGACGUGUGCAUCUACACGCUCCGCUGCGCGGACUUCUUCAUCCUCACGAGGGAGGAAGAGGUCGACAUCCGACACUCGAGGGGGUACGAGGAGACAGAGCGGGAAGGGGAAGAAGGGUCGUUGACCGAUGAGGCCAACACUCCGCU